AUCUCCACAGUGAAAAGGUUUUCGGUCCGUCCAAGUGCCGCUGUCUAGAAAGGCUACGCUUUGCCAAGAGCUGCAAGACGCAACCACUCCUGGACAAGCAUAUAGCUUAAGCUAUCUCGCACCUCCACGAUACAAAUCGGACUCCGCUGCAGUUUUUAGACGCAUUCAUGCUUCACCCCAACUGCCUGCAUUCGUUCGAAGUCGCCGAUCGUUUAUGACACCCAGAGUUAGAUCAGAUCGUCGACAGACCACUGUUUUCACUUUAAACGUACCGAGCAAAAUUCGCAAUCACGGAUUACUCGAAUAUGUUGUCUAACCCACUCCAGCGGUUUUCACCGUACCAUGCCUUACCUUCUAAUACAUUGCUUUCUAACGGCCAUGUGCCGGGGAGCCACCUUCACGCGGCUGGCCUCGACACAUUUGGCCAUGGAUCGCAAUACACUCUUCAGCACCUUCAACACCAUGUAGGAGUUCACGCCCCGCAUCUGGCUCGGGCACCGCAGCCAAAACAUCGACAGCACCCCUACGGAGGGCCCAGCACGAGGGCUACAGGAGCAGCUGGCCCCAUCAGAAGGAGGAUAAGCAGGGCUUGCGACCAGUGCAACCAGCUGAGGACCAAGUGUGAUGGACAACACCCUUGUGCCCAUUGCAUAGAAUUUGGACUGGGCUGUGAGUAUAUUCGAGAACGAAAGAAGCGAGGUAAAGCGUCCCGCAAAGAUCUUGCCCAGCAAGCUGCGGCCCAGGCUGCUGCGGCCGCCGCCACUCAAAAUGGCCAGAAAUCGCCAAACCAAAACGACGAUAACGAAGGCUCUGGUGAGCAACAAACGGACAGCACCUCCUCCGCGAAGCCUGAGCAGCAAACAGGCUCCAGUGAUAAGGUAUUAAACGAUAUCAACGAGGAUGCCAUACAGCGUAGCCAAAGGACGGGGAGUCUCGAUAGCUUAGCGGAGUUAAGUUCUCACCAGCCUCACUUAACGGGCCACACUGGAGGUAUGGAGCGGGACCAGCUCGAUAGUCCUACCUCGUUAGAUCUCAACGGGUAUGGUAAUGUUCAGAACCCAUAUGACAGGCAAGGAAUGGGACAUUUGAUGGGCGGGUCAGCACACAACACAUAUGGCUCAAACCAAGGCAACCUCUCGAACUAUCCUGAGAUUCCUUACGGUUUGCAGGCCCAAAGCCCUACUAACUAUUCGGCCAACGCUCAGCCGACAUUUCGUAUAGGAACCAGCCCUCUCAGCGCAUAUCCCAUAGGCGGAGAACCCACGUCGCCCGGAUGGAUGUCGAUAUCUUCACCUCCGCCACAGUUCCAAUCCCACAUUCCGCAAAAUAACUACCACCAGCAGCUAAGAUACCCGGUUCUAAACCCCCUAAUACCCCACCUCGGAAAUAUCAUACCUGUUUCUCUUGCCUGCGACUUAAUCGAUCUAUAUUUCGCGAGUUCGUCAUCUGCUCACGCUCACCCGAUGUCUCCCUACGUACUGGGUUUUGUCUUUCGAAAACGAUCAUUCUUACACCCCAGCAAACCCCGUCAAUGCCAGCCGGCGUUAUUGGCAAGCAUGCUUUGGGUAGCGGCACAGACGAGCGAUGCCCCAUUUUUAACUACCGUUCCAUCUGCAAGGGGCAAGAUCUGCCAGAAGUUGCUUGAACUUACUGUUAGCUUGCUAAAGCCAUUAAUACACACUCCGUCUGGAGAGGCCUCGCCAGUUUCCAGCCCAGUAAUAGAUGGGGUUGCUUUGGGAGGAUUAGGCGUUGCCCUCCCUGGAUCUAUGAGCAUAGAGAAUCUUACAGGAGAAUCAGGAGCAUUUGGUGCUGCUGGGACGCUCGAUGAUGUCGUCACUUACAUCCAUCUCGCCACGGUGGUUUCCGCUAGCGAAUACAAGGGUGCUAGCCUUCGAUGGUGGAAUGCUGCGUGGUCUCUCGCAAGAGAGUUAAAGCUAGGCCGAGAACUCCCAGCAAGCGCACCCUCCUUGGUCCAAGGCAAUAAUGGCCAAGAUGUCGACGCGGAUGGAGAAACCGAGGAUGGCCUUGGUAAUAACGUUGCCCCGGGAACCGUUAGUGAAGAGGAACGAGAAGAGCGAAGGCGCAUAUGGUGGCUUACCUAUAUUGUAGACCGCCACUUAGCAUUGUGCUACAACAGGCCAUUAUUCUUACUCGAUAUCGAAUGCGAAGGUCUCCUUCAGCCCAUGGAUGACACCGAAUGGCAGAAUGGAAACUUUAACGCUCACGCCACUGAUCCGGCCCUAUCAGAGCAGUCUGGGUCUGAAGGGGCUCGGGUGCGCGGACCACAUUUCGAGUGUACUGGUCACAGUAUAUUUGGCUACUUCCUGCCCCUGAUGACCAUAUUAGGCGAAAUAGUAGAUCUUCACCAUGCUCGCAACCACCCCCGAUUUGGCAUUACCUUCCGCUCGGCUAGGGAAUGGGAUGACCAGCAAGCCGAGAUUGUGCGGCAUCUUGAGGCGUAUGAGGAAAGCCUAAAGAAAUUCGAGCAGAGGCAUUUCAACGCGAGUUCGGAGGACAAGAACGAACAGUCUGCUACAUUAGAGAUGCCGUCCGAACUAGACCAAAUUGGCUCGCCAUCCGGACGAUCCGUUCAUACUAGCUCUUCACGCAUGACCGAAUCCGAUAUCCAAACCCGCAUCGUCAUGUCUUACGGCACGCAUGUCAUGCAUGUGCUCCAUAUUCUUCUCACUGGAAAGUGGGAUCCCAUUAAUCUCAUUGACGACAAUGACCUGUGGAUCUCAUCACAAGGAUUCAUCACCGCUACGGGACACGCCGUGUCUGCCGCGGAAGCUAUAAGCAACAUACUCGAGUAUGAUCCGGGCUUGGAGUUUAUGCCUUUCUUCUUCGGUAUCUAUCUGUUACAAGGUUCAUUCUUGCUACUACUCAUUGCCGACAAGCUACAGCUUGAGGCAUCAGCCAGCGUAGUACGUGCUUGUGAAACAAUCAUCCGCGCGCACGAAGCGUGCGUGGUCACGUUAAACACUGAAUAUCAGCGUAAUUUCAGCAAGGUGAUGCGUAGUGCCCUCGCACAAGUCCGCGGUCGCGUACCUGAAGACCUUGGUGAACAACACCAGCGUCGCCGAGAACUUCUCGCAUUGUAUCGUUGGACCGGCGACGGUACAGGGCUGGCCUUGUAGUAUAUAUAUCCGCCUCAUAUAUACACACAUAUAUAUACCUUACCUAUAUAUAUAUAACAUUUCUUUCUACUGUAGAUAACAAUGAGGUGGCGGGAGUUGGGAGCUUCGUUAACGGCGUUACAAAAUGGACUGAGUGGAGCGGCUGGCGUCUGGAUGUACGGAUGGCCAAAACGAUCCCCGGGGAGCUAACGAAGGAAUCUGUUUCGGACAAAAAA